UUUAAUUUUUUUCGAGUACUAAACCCCAUUCUAAUUUGACUAUAUAUUAACACUACAGCUAUUCUAUCUAGAUACAAGAUAAUUCCAAUGUCUUGUUCCCACACCACAACACCGGCCGCCGAUCACGGCGGAGCGACGGCGAUCACCGCCGUCCAUCCCGAGAUUAUUCAAACACACAUAUUGAAAAGAUUAGACGGCGCAACGCUAGCCGCCGCCGGCUCCGCCGGCUCGCAGCUAAGGGAACUUUGUUCGGAGGAGAAUCUCUGGCGGGAGAUUUGCAACUCCGCUUGGCCGUCAACCACCGAUCCGAUCGUCCGCCACGUCAUCUCCGGCUUCCCCUCCGGCCACCGCUCGUUCUUCUCCGACGCUUUCCCCACCAUUCAUCACCACCGCCAGGGAGAGGAGCGCCGCCGCGGAUCUCCGGCGCCGGAGCUCAUCUCCGCCGUCGAUAUCCUCUACGGCGAGAAACUGAUAUACUCUAAGGCCAUUGUCUCCGAAACCUCCUCCGGCUGGUUCCGUUCCUCCCCGUUCCGAAUCGACCUCCUCGGCAUGUCCGAGACGGUGCCGACGCCGGUGAAAUUCGCCGGCGACGAGGCCACCACCGUGGCCCACCUGGAGAAACACCUCACGCUGAGCUGGAUCCUGAUCAACGCGUCGACAAAACGCGCCGUGAACAUAUCAAGCCUGAAACCGGUAAACAUCCGCCGCCACUGGCUCACCGGAGACAUAAAGAUAAACUUCGGCACCGUAAUUUCCGGUGGCGAAAUCACCGGUAAAGAACUGGCGCAGUGCAGCGUGGUGGCCAUGUGCGAGGGGAAAGAAGGAGGGGAGCUACACGUGAGAGAGGUGAGCAUGCAGGUGGAGGACAUGGAUGGAAAAACCAUGAACGGGAAGGACAGCAUGGUAAUUUUACAAGACGCCAUGGAAAGAAAGAGGAAGAAAAGGGAAGAAGGAGAAGCUAAAGAAAGGUACAAGGAAUUCGUGGAGUACAAGAAACAAUGGAGGGAGAUAAAACAGAGAAGAGAGGAUAGAUUGGAUAUGGCGUGCAUAGCUGGUGGAAUUACCAUUUUGAUCGCUUUUUUUACCCUGGUUUUACUGGGUUCGGAAAGGGGUAGAAUUUACUUUUCACACUUAUUUUAGUCACAUCCCAUUUAUUCAUUUUAUUAUAUAUUAUAUAUAGCUGGUUGUUUUAUGAUGAAAAUUACACAAUACACCUAUUAUAACAUGUGUUGUACCAAUAUUCAUUUUUCAAGUACAUAAAUAGUGAACUAUUUUUGAGAAUUUACCUA